AUGGCUUCGCUAUCUAUAGAAGAUGAGCAUGCUGGCGAAUCUUUCAAUUCCGGACUCAUUACUAAGAGCCUUACACUUGAGAGAUUGUCAUUCCACUUACUAAAUGAACAAACCAUCAUAUUCCCGGAGGCAGGAAACAUAGAGAGUAUUGUGCAAAAUUCAGGAAUAGAGAAGACAAUGUUCACCGAAUAG